AUGGACACACCAAACUGGAUCUUUCCUGACCACGACACCUACAACCACUGUGUCACUCCUAAUGAUGCAGAAGAAUGGCAAGCUAGUCAAACACCUCAAAAAUCUUGCUUGUGUGAUACCAUGCAGCCUGCACCAUCUCUGCCAUUUGGGUAUGCUCACCCCCCUGCAUACAUCCAACCUACUGCACAGCCAGUCCCCUGGAACCUGCAGGACAAACUUGUCAGCACACCAGUACCCUCAAUAGGUACUCACCAUGUCACUCCCCCAGCAACUUUCAGUCCAGGCACAAUUUUUGGUGCAGAAGUAACACCAAACAUGACCCCUGCACAAAAAUCACAGGAUCACAGUGUGAUGUCAACAGACUCACCUGUGCCAUCCAAAACUACAAAACAAGCACGAGGGAAGAUGGCAAGUGAGACAAAGGCAAAGAGAGGUGGAAAAGGCAGUAAAUCAGGGGAGGGUAGCCAUUGCAUCACUGGCACAUCAGAUGACAAGGUGUUGAAGUUGACAGAGACCAUGUUAGGUGAAGCUGACUUAAAGCUUGAGACUGCUGUGUCAGGUGAUGCUGCUGUGAAGCCAGAGAGUAAGCAUGGACUGACAGAUGAAGAAAAAGUGACUGCUGUCAAGUACAUCACCUCCGUCAAGGUCUGGUACAAAUUUUGGUUGAACCAGGGCAUGCUCGCACACAAGACACUCGAGAACCAUGUAACCUAUGCCCAGGUCCGCAAUUUUUGGUGGGAUCAGGCCUGGGAGAAAUACAAACAGGUAAAGGAGAUGGAAGAACAUACUGGUGGAGGAGAUGGAGAUGAUGAUCGGAUUGCCACUGAAUCGGGAGAUGAAGAAGAAGCUGAAGUUCUCAACUUGGAAACAAAGGACAACACAAUGGCCCUUGAUGGAAUGAAGCACAGGAAGAGUACAACAAAGGCCAAGUUUGCACAUCACAUGCUAGAAGCCCUCAAGGAAACAGAGAUGUUCAGGCUGAUUGAUGAAGUGGCAUGGAAUGAUGCCACUGUCAUUCAUACCCAUGACAUCAACUCCUCAGAUUCAAUUUCAAUUUCAGAUGAUGAAACCACUCCUCUAAAGAAAUGA